AACAAUAAUGCUCACCUAACGAAACUAGAGGGAGCGCCAACAAUUGCCUUCGGUGCAGUCACUUGGUUUUAUCUUGCCGACUCACCUGGUUUAGCGAAUUUCUUGUCGGAAGCGGACAAAACCUUCGCUGUAGAGAGACUGCAACAACGAGACAACACAAAAAAGUCUGCCAUCAGAUGGGGCCAAAUAUUUUCAGGAAUGACUGAUUACCAAAACUACGUGCAUACGCUGAUUCACUUUUGCAACAACUACUCAUUUGCCGCAUUGUCAAAUUUUCUCCCAACUAUUGUCCGCGAUAUGGGCUAUUCGUCCGUCACAGCGCAAGGUCUGACAGCUCCGCCGUAUUUCGCAGCCUUUGUUUGUUGUGUCGCAGCAGCUUGGGCUAGCGACCGUUACGGCAUGCGUGGAUUUAUCGUCACUGGUGGUAGCGUCAUGGCUACUGCCGGAUACCUCAUUCUGGUCCUAAUUCGAGAUGAAUCAAAAAUUGCGGCACGAUACGCAGGUGUAUUUCUCGCCUCUUGUGGGAUUUUCCCCGCCAUGUGCAUCAAUAUCACAUGGUUGUUGAACAACCAGGGCGGUGACUCAAAGAAAGGCGCAGGCCUCGCAAUCCUAGCAACACUUGGGCAAUGUUCUUCAUUCAUGAGCAGCGUGGUCUUUCCGGCAUCUGAUGGCCCGUUCUACACCAAAGGAACAGCAAUUGGUUGCGGGUUGGCGGGCGUUACCGGCAUUGCGGCUAUAGGGUUACACUUCGCUUUGGAAUUUGAGAAUCGCAAGAGGGAUCUUGAAUUCGGUCCAGUGGACGAAAACACUGUGAUCGAUGUGACAGAGGUUGGGGACAAGCAUCACAACUUUCGUUACCUAACUUGA